AUGUUAACUCAGGAAGCCGUACUCGUCUCACCCCCGCGCAAGCGAACUAUCGAGCCAGCCCUCGUUGAAGCUACACCUCCUUCUAAGAAGUACUCAGGACUUAUCCAAAGCCAAAAGCUCAACCCCGACGAUUUCAAAAAGAAGAGAGCCGGAAUGUGCCAGGAAAUGUCAGGAUACUGGGUCGGCCCCUGUGAAGGCGACGACUUCUUUGAACUCACGAUGCCUCUGGACUUGAAGGAAGGCGAGUUUGAGGAGCUACCAAAUAUCGACCGAAAAUUCUUCGCCGGAAAGAAGCCAGCCAACGAAGAUGAAGUGUACAAUGAAGUUGCAGAUUUCUUCAUGAAAACCCCGGACGAAUCUCACUUUAAGGGCCUCAAGAUGAUGAAUAGUUCUCGGCACGCGGACCCGGACUCUAAGGCUGGCUCAAAGGUCAAGCCGGAUGUGGGCCUCCACAAAACAGACGACGCCUCUGUCACGAUUGCUACUCCUACCCGGCUCGGCAGCGCUCUCUCUCCCGGGGAGAUCAAAAACUGGUUCUUAGAGUUAUUCAACGAUCUCGCCAAGAAGCUGGGUGUGAGCUUCGAAAGUGAGACCAACGACGCGCAAGAUGUUCGCGGGCAGCUCGCAACAUACGCCACUGAAUAUUGCGCUCGCCAACAUCGUACCCACUUAUUUCUUGUCUAUAUUUACUAUCCCCACGUCCGCUUCAUUCGAUUCGACAGAUGCGGCGCGCUCGUUUCGAGAAAAUUCGAUCUCUCUGAGGAUUGCACGCCAUUGAUCCGCUUCUAUUCAAGGUUCUCCAAGAUGACCGACACUCAAAGGGGGUACGAUCCAACCGUCACGCUUGCCAGCGAUGACGAGACUAAGCUCGCCCAAGAUCGUCUCAAAGCAUGGAAACCAAAGCACGUACGCCCCGUAUUCAAAAUGGAUGUUUACGAUGACAACGUGGAAGAAGAAGUGGAAGACAACGACAAGGUACAAAUCAAGACCGAGGUCUGUGCCGAUGACAUCAACGUCGGGGCGGAGACACUGCAGGCUGCCGACGAAAAUGUCAAGAAGACACCGAAACCACGAAAGUUCCUUGUUUGGGGAUCUCUCGCCGAUCCAGAAUCACCACUCGGCAGAGCAACGCGCGGAUAUCCAGCAUUGGAAGUUACCGACGGAUUGGAGAAGGCGAAGGACGCUCCGAUCAUGUUCCUGAAGGAGCAAUGGCGUUCGAAAGCUAUAGAACGAGGUGAAAUCGCCAUACUUCGGGAGCUCAACAAACAUGGAAUCAAACACGUCCCAACAUUCGUCUGCGGAGGAGAUCUUCCCGACCAAGUCACGAAAACGGACAUAUUUGCCAACGAGAUCGGUAGAACAGGAGGCAAGCCUAUUGAUCAACGGGCCCAUGUUCGCUUCGUUGUACUGGAAGUCGGUCGGCCGCUCGAGUGCUUCUCUUCGUCAAAGCAGAUGUUCCAAGCGGUGUAUGAUGCAUUUCAAGGUCAUAAGCAGGCGUUCGACGUAUGUGGGAUACUGCACCGCGACGUGAGCGGGGGCAAUAUCUUGAUCCUCCCCAAAGGAGGAGGCCUGCUUAACGACUGGGAUAUGGCGGUGAAGGUCGAGGAAGUUGAACGUGGCCCUAGAGCCCAUGAACGGACGGGUACUUGGGCUUUCAUGUCCAUUGAUCUCCUUGAUGGCGCAAGGCGUGCCCACAAAGUCAGCGAUGAUCUAGAAUCUUUCUUCUGGGUGGUACUAUACUAUAGCCUCCUCUACCUCCCCCACAAUAAGACCAGUCAGCUUGGUCUCAUCAUCCCAGCCAUUUUCGAUCAAUAUUCCUACUACGAGGAGGCUAAAGGCGGAACAGGGAAAUCCGUUGCGGUGACAGAAGGAAAUUACAUCGGUGGUCGCCACUCGCCACGCUUGGAAUUCGAUGCAUGCAUGCCAUUGACCAAAUUCGUGGCCUCAAUCCUCCACAAGCUGAAUCAUUGGAGGUCACAAGCUCGUCUAGCCCUCAAUGCUGCCAAUGCUGAUAUCAUCCUCGACGAGAAUUUGCCUAACCCCCUUUCUUUCGAGGAACAUGAACACAAGGAUAUGGAGUACAUUUGGGAUACUACGCUUCGUUCAUCCUGGCCGACGAACGACGCUGCCAAAUUACAGCUCGUGAAGAAACCCCAGAGAGCCACUGGACGGGUUCCCGCGGAAGGCACCGGAGGCGGUGGGUCGAAGAAGAGGAAAAGUAUCCACGAAAGUGACCUCGAAAGCGACGACGAGGAGCCCCAACCGAAGAAGGUGAAGAGCAUCACCUCGGAAGCGUUUGCAGGAGGGUCCAAAGAACGUAAGUCGAAGAAGAUGCCCGCGACGGGGAGGAGUACACGCUUACACAAUGGCAGCACUAACUGA